AAAGUCACUGACUAACUCACAGUUAGGGAGCUGAAAGGUUAUGUUCUAGUAUUAUGACAGCAAAUGUUCGGAAAGAGAUCCGCACACACGAAGUAAUGCAGUCUGGGAAUUUACCCCUAUUUUAAUUAUUUAAUUAUGCCACCAGUAACAUCAAUGUUUCGGAGGGGGUUCUCGAUAAUUUAAAAAUAGGGGUAAACACCGCGAUUGCAUUACUUCGUGUGUGCGGAUCUCUUCACGAACAUUUGCUGUUGCUAAGGGACCGGGCGGGGUAUACGGAGGACCAGCACCACUAUUGCAGUUUAUGUGAAUUACAGGUACUCUGGUGAUGACUCAAGAUGCGCUGCCCCCUUUGCCAUAUACUAAUUGGCCUGACUCUGAUGUGUAACAUCCUUCUACUCUACUACACCUGGCAUCUUCAGUUCCGCUCAUCAGGACGACAGACCCCAUCAUCUCCACUAUCUCCAGGCAUUACUGUAAUUGUAAGAGAGUUCAGAGAAUUUGAACAUGGCCUGGCAGACUUAAAUCAUUCCUUCCUUCGCGCUCGCCCUUCCCUUCACAUUCUAAUUGCAUCCGACACUCCUCCUUACCCUCCAGUCCAAGGACUUCAUAUUCUAAGGCUGCACCCCUCUCCAGAGCAGGCAAGUUCUUCUCUCCGAUUGGAAACCUAUAUUCACACCCGACUUGUAGCUCUGGUUCCAGAUGGCACUUCCUUGGACCCUCCAGAUCUGCUGGACAGGAUGGCACGGGAGUUGCGUGAUGCUUCACCAGGUGUGAAAAUUAUUGCUGCCGCUGCAGGCAAGGAACUGCAGUGUUUGUACCUUAAUGUAUCCUUGAGGGAAUGGACAUCUGUGUACAGGCCUGCAACAGCCCAAGAAACCUGCAGAGCAGUUGCUGGAACUGCUGUGCUGCUUCUGCGUUCUCGUGACUUAUUUGAGCUGCCCUUUCCUCUCAUGCGGCCCCUACAGCCAGCUCUAUUUAUCCAGACUGCUUUGCGUGGCUGGGGUGUACAAAUGCUUAAGGAUGCCUCCUUUCCACGUACUCCUAUGCCUAAUACAGACCAUGGACGAUGGAAGGCAGAACAGGCUGAGAGAAGGGAAGAGGCCCUAACCAUGAAGGCUCUAAAUGUGCGAUUAAUUAAAGGCCUUGAUGGAGGGGAUCGAUUGUUUGGUUGCUCCAAGGACACACAGCGUUGCUUUGGAACAGUGGUGGAGGGCACUCCUCAGUACCUGUAUAACAACCAAUGGACGCCCCCUUGUUGCCUCCGUGCACUGAGGACAACGGCGCACCAUGUCAUAAAGGUGUUGGAGGCAAGUGGGGUGCGAUAUUGGUUAGAGGGUGGGAGUCUAUUAGGGGCAGCUAGAAAUGGAGACAUCAUUCCUUGGGACUAUGAUGUGGAUUUGGGCAUCUAUCUGGAAGAUGUGACAUUGUGUGCUGAGCUGCGUGGGGCACAGUCAGGCUCACUGGUAGAUGCUGAAGGAUAUGUUUGGGAACGUGCAGUAGAAGGCGAUUUUUUCAGGGUGCAAUUCAGCCAGAGCAAUCAUCUGCACGUGGAUCUCUGGCCUUUCUAUCCCCGGGAUGGCGUUAUGACACGUGACUCGUGGACAGGACAUCCACAGGAUGUAGAGUUCCCUGAGAGCUUUCUGCAGCCUCUGCAGACUCUACAUUUUGCUGGUGGAUUUGCACAGGCCCCAAACCACCAUGUUCAGUUAUUACGCAUGAAGUUUGGUGAAAAGGUUAUUGAAGAGCCUGAGUAUCCUAACCCUGCCCUGCUUACAAUGAGAGGCAGAUGAGACUGUGUUUUCCUAAAGAACUGAUUUUGAUUUUGUAAUCAAUUUUAGGAAUGAUCAUUAAUGUGGAUUUGAAAUAAAUGAAUGUCAGAGAAGUGAAAUGCAGACAUGCAAAAAUUACACACACAAAUAUGUA